AUGAGAGAAAUUAUUGCUAGUUCUAUCAUGGUACAUGAGUAUCCUUUUAGCAUUGUGGAGGACACAGUUUGGAUGUGGGCUUUUAAGUAUGCAAAUGCUGAUUUUGAGAAAGUUUCACGGCAAACAAUAAAAAAUGAUUGCAUGACACUGUAUCAGGAAGAAAAGAAAUGUCUCAAGGCUGAAUUAAUAAAUGUGAAUAGGAUUAGUAUAACCAUUGACAUGUGGAAAUCUAAUCACCAAGUAGCUGGAUAUAUGGUCAUCACUGGUCAUUUUAUUGAUUCAGAAUGGGAAUUACAAAAAAGAGUGUUGAGUUUUGUCAAAGUGCCACCUCCAAGACGUGGGGUUGAUGUUGCUGAUGCAAUAUUUAAACGUUUGCAGUCAUGGGGGAUUGAAAUUAAGGUAUUUUCUGUGUCUGUUGAUAAUGCUGCAUAUAAUGAUGUUUGCAUAAGAAAUAUUAAGAGCACAUUGUUAAGAAGCAACAAUUUAGUCCUUAAUGGAAACAUAUUUCAUGUACGUUGUUGUGCACAUAUUCUGAAUUUAUUAGUGCAACAUGACCUUAGUCAUAUCAAAGGUAUAAUUGAGAAUGUUCGUGAAAGUGUUAAAUAUGUCAAUCAAUCUUAUUCGAGGUUGAAGACUUUCUAUGAUAUUGUUAAGCAGAUGGGGGUAAAAGAAAGAAAGUUAGUUAUUGAUUGUCCCACUAGAUGGAACUCAACAUUUGAAAUGCUUUCUACUGCUUUGAUAUUCAAAGAUGUAUUUCCAGAAUACAAGGAAAAGGAACUAUAUUAUAAUUACUUGCCAUCUGCAGAGGAAUGGAGCAAGGUUGAGAAGGUUUCUAAUCUUUUGGAAGUUUUUAGUCAUGUUACUAAUGUCAUAUCAGGUAGUGACUAUCCCACAACCAAUUUAUAUCUCCCUGAAGUUUAUAGAGUUAAGGAAGUAAUUGAUGCUGCAAUUGAAGAUAAUGAUGAUUUUAUGAGAGAAAUGACAAGGCCAAUGAAAGUAAAAUCUGACAAGUAUUGGGGGGAAUGCAAUUUGCUGAUGGCCGUUGCUAGUGUUCUAGACCCAAGGUGUAAAUUGCAUGUGGUAAAUAUUUUCUUCCCAAUUAUAUACAAAUCAGAAUUUGAGGCAACAGAAAAUGUUGAAAAAGAGAAGGCGGCUUUAGAAGAUUUGUACAAUGAGUAUUGUGCUAUAAGUUUAAGAUUCAGUCCCAAAUAG